UCGUCUGGUUCAUCUCCCUCGCCCCCCCAGAGCAGUGUUCCGGCGAGAGCGGCCGCUUCACAUCGCCCAGCCUUCUCGCGAUCACCCUUCGAUCUCUGAGCUCUAAGCCAUCGGAUUCUUGGGGCCCAGCGUUAGCCUGCUUCUUAGAAGGAAGCAGGCUUCAAAUAAAUUCUUCUGGUGACAAUGGCGACCUUUGUUAAGCCGGAGAACGCCUUGAAGCGUGCUGAGGAAUUGGUUAAUGUUGGACAAAAGCAAGCUGCCUUACAAGCACUACAUGAUCUCAUCACCUCAAAAAGGUACAAGGCAUGGCAGAAGACCCUGGAAAGAAUCAUGUUUAAGUAUGUAGAACUCUGUGUGGACAUGAGGAAAGGCAGAUUUGCAAAGGAUGGACUUAUCCAGUACCGCAUUACAUGCCAACAAGUAAAUGUAAGCUCUUUAGAAGAGGUGAUAAAAUAUUUCAUGCAGCUUUCCACAGAGAAGGCUGAACAAGCUAGGACACAAGCACAAGCCUUGGAAGAUGCACUGGACGUGGAGGAUCUAGAGGUCGAUAAGAGACCUGAGGACUUAAUGCUAAGCUAUGUUAGUGGGGAGAAGGGAAAGGACAGAUCCGACAGAGAGCUUGUGACUCCAUGGUUCAAAUUCCUGUGGGAGACCUACAGGACAGUGCUUGAGAUUCUACGAAACAACUCCAAGUUGGAAUCACUAUACGCAAUGACAGCACAUCGGGCCUUCCAAUUUUGCAAACAAUAUAAGAGGACUACUGAAUUUCGAAGACUCUGUGAGAUUAUACGAAAUCAUCUUGCUAAUUUAAACAAGUACAAAGACCAAAGAGAUAGGCCUGAUCUUACAGCUCCUGAGAGUUUACAGCUUUACUUGGACACGAGAAUUGAGCAGCUGAAGAUAGCAACUGAUCUGGAACUAUGGCAGGAAGCAUUUCGCUCAGUGGAAGAUAUCCAUGGUUUAAUGAAUUUGGUAAAGAAGAGCCCAAAGACACCACUCAUGGUUGUAUACUAUGCAAAGUUAACAGACGUAUUUUGGGUUUCGCAUAGUCAUCUUUACCAUGCAUAUGCAUGGUUUAAGCUUUUCACAUUGCAGAAAAGCUACAAUAAGAAUUUAUCACAAAAGGAUUUGCAGUUAAUUGCAUCAUCUGUUUUAUUAGCUGCGCUUUCAGUCACUCCGUAUGACCAAAAGCAUGGUGCAUCACAUCUGGAACUUGAAAAUGAAAAAGAGCGCAAUUUACGAAUGGCUAGCCUUAUCAACUUUACUCUUGAUCCUAAAGGGGAGAGCAGAGAAAUGCUUUCACGAUCAUCACUGCUCUCAGAAUUGAGCAACAAGGGUGUAAUGACAUGUGUCUCACAAGAAGUAAAGGACAUCUACAAUAUCCUAGAACAUGAAUUCUUUCCUUUAGACCUUGCUUCGAGAGUUCAGCCUCUGCUUGCUAAGAUUGCAAAACUGGGUGGUAAGCCAUCGUCAGCCUCAUCAGUUCCAGAAGUGCAAUUAUCGAAAUACGUUCCUGCUCUUGAAAAGCUUACCACUUUGAGAGUGCUUCAACAGGUUUCUCGGGUGUAUCAAUCCAUAACAAUCGGGACUUUGUCAAAGAUGAUACCAUUUUUUGACUUCUCACUUGUUGAGAAGUUAUCAGUUGAUGCAGUCAAAUAUAAUUUCGUUUCUAUGAAAGUUGAUCACCUGAAGGGUGCUGUUUUAUUUGGUAAUGUGAACAUUGAAUCAGAUGUGCUCACUGAUCAUCUGUCCGUUCUUGCCGAUUCUCUGAAUAAAGCAAGGAAUCUGAUUUAUCCUGCUGUGAAAAAACAAUCCAAACUGGGUGAGAAACAUGGUCUAGCAGAAACAGUUGAUAAGGAACAUAAGAGGCUUCUUGCUAGGAAAUCCAUUAUCGAGAAACGCAAAGAAGAACAUGAACGUCAGAUGCUGGAAAUGGAACGAGAAGAAGAAUCUAAAAGAUUAAAACUCCAAAAAGUAACCGAGGAGGCUGAACAAAAGCGACUUGCUGAAGAAUAUACUCGAAGGCAGGAGCAGCGGAUUCGCCGUGAAAUAGAAGAGAGAGAACUUCAGGAAGCUCAAGCAUUACUUUUCGAAACACAAAAAGGUGCCAAAAAGAAGGGAAAGAAACCUUUGCUUGAUGGGGAGAAGGUCACAAAGCAGACAUUGAUUGAAUUGGCCUUAAGUGAGCAAUUGAAGGAAAGGCAAGAAUUGGAGAAGAAACUGCAGAAACUUGCCAAAACGAUGGACUACAUGGAACGAGCAAAGAGGGAGGAAGAAGCACAACUGAUUGAGCAAGCCUUCCAGCAGCGCUUGGUGGAGGAGAGAAUUUUUCAUGAACGCGAGCAACUGAAAGCGAUAGAGUUGAGCAGGCAGCACCAUGCUGGUGAUCUCCAAGAGAAGAAAAGACUUGCCAGAAUGUUGGACAGCAAGGUCAUAUUUCAACAAAGAAUAGUUAACUGCCGUGAAACAGAAUAUAAUCGACUGAAGAAAGAAAAAGAGGAUAAAAUUAAUCAGCUCAUGGCAUUGAGGAAACAUGAAAGGGAGACUAAAAGGAAGAUGCUCUUUUAUCUGAAGUCUGAGGAAGAGCGGUUGACCAGGCUGCGAGAAGAGGAGGAAGCCAGGAAGCGUGAAGAGGAGGAAAGGCGUAAAAAAGAAGAGGCAGAACGGAAGGCCAAGCUGGAUGCAAUUGCAGAAAGGCAGAGGCAGCGGGAGAGGGAGGCGGAAGAGAAGGAAAGACUGCGAAGAGAAGCACUCCUUAGAAGACCCACUGAAACACUGUCACGGUCAAUCGACCCUGCUUCAGGUCCUCACGCUGCUGACCCUGUUCCUGUUGCCGCAGCAGCUGCAGCACUGACUUCCGGUAAGUACGUGCCUAGAUUCCGCCGCGAGAGGAACGAUGGACAAAUGGCAGCUUCCCCUGAGCCUGAUCGAUGGGGAAGACAGGAUGAUCUUGCUCCCCAAUCCGGUGAUAGAUGGCGAAAUGAUGAACGUCGACCAUCAUAUGGUGGCUCAAGAACAUCCUCCACCUCCUCUUCUUCCUGGUCCUCAUCGAGGCCACGCGGUUAAUGCAGCUGAUGCACAGAUAGAUACUGUUGGCUUUUCAACGGUGGAUGGAGUAGUCUUCGCUUGUCCGAGGCAGAGGUUUUGCAUAUUGUGAUCAAGUAGUAUUGUGAGUUUUGAGGGUCUUUAGUUGCUGUACUCGAAUAAUCAUGGUUUAGGUGAGAUCUUGGCGCUUUCAAGUCUACCAUAUCGAAUCUGUGUGGUGCCAGUCAUUAAGACCUCCUUUUGCCUUUCAUUUCCAUGAAUUGGUUAUUGUCAUUGAUGUUGUAGUUCCUAUUCCCUCAUAACACUAAUUUAUUCCCGGUUGUGGUGAACUUUGUAAUCAUGUAUACAGUGACUUAUUUGAUGAACUAAAGUAUUAUUGUCCAUUAGUUUGCUGCAA